AUGAUUGGUGGAGAUCUUCUGUACAAAGAUUUCAAGUACAAUGGUGGCUCUAAUGAUGGCAGCACAUUGCUAUACUCCAAUAAAAAUGAAGAAAAUUCUAUCUCCCUCGCAACUUGCGUUGUUAUUAUUCUCAAUUCAGCACUUGUUGAUGAUCCAUUCUUCGUUCCAGGUCAAAUGCUUUCAGGAUUUAUGCUGACAAUAUUUGUAGGCGUAUUUGUAUUAAUACUCACUCAGCUGUCCUUCCACAUUUUUGUUAAAACAUGGGCUUUCAAUCAGUUGAAUUCGCACGUUUCAAUAUGGCAAAGUCUUUAUGGUAAGUACUCUUCUGUAAUUCCAAAAGCUCUCUUAUUACUCGCCUUUAUUUCAAAUUCAAGUGUAUCUGUCAGGGAUAACGUUGAUCAGUUCCAUGAUCUUUUCUCAUAUUUUUCACCCGACUCCGUGAAAAUAGUUAACAAUGACUGGUUAAUCAAGUAUUUAUUCACAUUUAUAUUGACCAUCCCAGCGUUAUUACAUCCAAGACUCGGAAAGAUGAAAAUCAUGUGUGCUGUAGCACUUACAUUACUUCUUAUCAGUUUACUCUGCGAAGCUGUUUUAAUGUUCAAAACAAUUAAAGUUGACAGCUUUGACCCUCAGAAGCAAAUUAGAUAUUGGUCUACAGACUUCAGAAUGAUGAAUGCGCUUUUUGAUACUUUCAACACAGUUUAUUUCAGCCAUCCUUUCGUUGCCUUAAUUUCCGAUGAUCUUUACAAAGCAACAAGAAGCAAAAUUACAAAGAUGACAUGGAUAAUUUCCAUUUGCUCUUUCCUUUUGCUCUUAUCUGGCGGUUUCUUCGGAUAUUUCACUUUCUUUGACAGCUCCAUCGAUGAUAACAUUCUCUUUGGCUACUCCAACACAAAAGAUCCAUUCCUUAUCAUCGCGAAGAUCUGCUGCUUAUUGAAGACCGCCUUGGCAAAUAAUAUGUUUGUUUUCAUUGCCACCGUCUCUGUUCUUGGCAUUUUCACACAAUACAACGAGAAACUCACAAUACUCCGCAUCUUUGUCGGUAUUGUUAUUUGGACACUUGUCAUGUUCAUCAAUUACAGCGGUACAGGUUUGAUGAAACUGGUAGACUUGUUGGGUGGAUACUCCUUCAUGCUUCUAGCUUACUUCCUCCCAUCAAUUUUCUUCCUUUCCAUGUACAAAUUCAAGUAUCCUGGUUGGUCUAUCCUUUGCAUCGGUGUCCUCCUUGUAAGCUCUGUUAUUCUUGGAUGGGCUUCCUAUUGCAAUGUUGGAAGCUAUAUUAAAUACCUCAAGGGCGAAUGA